AUGGUGGAGGCUCCCACCUCCCAAUGGCCGCCGCCUCCUCCUCCGCCCAAUUCCCAUCCAGUAGGCAGCCGCUCGCUCGGCUCCAGAUCCCACGCCGUGACAGGGCGCCACACCACACCACAUGGCGGCGGAUGCGGCGCGGCAGGGCCUGUGCGCCCGCCGGAGGCGCGGCGGCGGUGUGUCGGACAGCCCCGACCUCCGCCCGCUCCUGUCCUCAGCCGCGUCCCCGACGGCGGCGGGGGCGAGGGAGUGGGGGCGAGGUGGAAGCUGCCACCCAAGUCGCCCUCGUCGUCGACACCAUCAUUCUACAGCUCGCUGACCUUGUCCAGGCUGGCCGGGCUCGGCGGGCUCCUCGACCCGCAUCGCAUCCUAUCGCUCGGCCGCGUCUUUCCCAUCGACCCUGACGCCGACACAGUCCCAUCGCCGCCACUCCCGCUCCCUCCUCCUCCUCCGCUGCCGCCGGCUUCCUUCAUUGAGGAUCCGACAAUUAUGCCCCGCGCGGAGCAACCGGUGGUGGUGGUGCUGGCGUCAGCGGCAUUGCCAUCGGCCACGGUGGCGCCACCGCCGCCAGUGGUGGCCAUGCGGGAGGAAGCGGACGCAGCGGCUGCCGGCUGGCGUGCUGGAUGUGAGGCCUGGUGGUUUGCACGGGUCGCGUCUAUGGCCAUCGGGUCGUGCCGGCCCGACCUGGCGGCCCGGCGUGCCGUGCCGUGCCGUGCCGUGCCUGCCCCGGGCCGCGCCGUGCCGUCGUGCCGGCCGGGCCGUGCCAUCACCGUGCCUCAUGCCGGGGGUAUGGCCUAA